GUGGCUGACUUCAGGUUGUUGAGCAUAAAGAGAGACGGAGCUGAUUCAAGCUGAUUUUUCGUCUCAAUAAUUUCACAUUCAAGUUCGAUUCUAGAAAUUUAUAUUACUUAUUAUAAUAAUAAAAAAAAUAAAAAUAUUUCGCUGAGUUUGUUAUCCUAAAGUUAACAGACACUCGGAGAAAGUGAGCUGUUUAUGAUACAUAAUAAUAUAAACAACAAUGGAUAAAUUGAGAAGAGCAUUAAGUGGUCAUGAUCAAUGUGACGAGGAAAGUGGAAUAAUGACCCAGCAUGAAAGUGAUUUUCUGAUUUCGGAUGGUACAACGUUAAGUUGGUCGACGCGAAUAAAAGGAUUCGCAAUAUGCUUUAUUAUCGGUAUUCUCUUAUCAUUUCUUGGUUCAUUUGCGUUAUUUUUACACAAAGGAUUGACUGUUUUUGCCAUUUUCUAUACACUUGGAAAUAUUGUUUCACUUAUGAGCACCUGUUUUUUAAUGGGCCCAGUCAAUCAAUUAAAAAAAAUGUUUGCGUCAACAAGAAUAAUAGCAACAUUGAUAGUAAUCCUUGCUUUGAUAAUGACACUGUAUGCCGCUAUAAAGCUUGACAAACCUGGAUUAGCACUUUUAUUUAUAAUUAUACAGUCAUUAGCAAUGACAUGGUAUUCAUUGUCGUAUAUUCCAUAUGCGCGAGAUGCUGUGAAGAAAACCGUUGAAUCUUGUAUCACGUGAAUUUAAAUAUAAUAAUAAUAAUAAUAAUAAUAAUAUUUAUGAAUUAAAAUAUGAUAAUUAACUAUAGUAAUUAAUAUCUUAAACAUGCAAGAUAUUAACACCUGAAUGGAGACAAUAAUUAUUCUAUAACUAAAAAAAAUUAAAACAUAUAGAUUGAGAGUUUAAGAUUAUAUAAUUAUAGUUUAUUGAAUUAAUUUAUUAAUUAUUAAUUAAAAACUAAUAAUUUUAUUUUACAUCACAAAAAAAAAUUGUAUUAUUAUUUAAAUUAGUUGUUAAUAGUUAAUUAUUUUGUUAGAAAAAAAAUUUAAAUGUACGUAGUUACUUAAGUUUUAAUUUUUCGUCAUAAAAAUUUAUGAUCACAAUUAAUAAAUUUAGUAAUCUAAUGAACGCACAUCGAUUGACUCAUCAACACUAGUAUGAAAAAAAAAAAAAUAA